ACAGUGACAGAUAUUCAAGAUCAAGAUUGCAUUCAUUGUCUUAUCCUUUUUUUUCUCUUCUACCGGUCCCGUCCAAAUUAUCUUUGUAAAUUUCCAUAAAAUCUCAUAAAACUUAUUAUGUCGGUUCAAACGUUGCUUUUAGAUUUUUCAUUGGAUCCCGCGCGCUUAGGCGAUGAAAGCGGCCAGAAAACAGUUUUCGGUCAACUGGAAACGGUGCUCAAAGAUUAUAUCCCGAAUCUUAUUUUAGCCGCUGAAGUUAAUAUAGAAGGCGGGUCCUUGAAACUGUUAACAGGAAAGAGGGGAACGACAGUUUCAGUGAGGUUAUUUGAUCGUGGCCUUAUCACUGUAAAUAUUGAGUAUUUUAAGGAAGACAACGAGGAACCAAUAAUAAGCUUCAAGUCAGCGAGAGUGUUGGAAAGUCAACUGAAAAAAUACAUCAGUGUGAUGAACUCUCAAGCUUAUGCGCCGCUAAAGAGAUGCCUGUUCAGCAGGUACUAUCCCACAUCAGACGAAAGGCUACUGGAAUACGACAUAGACGACGUGUUGAUCGACGAACAAUCGCCCUUCCAGAGAGUGCAAAUUGUGCAUUCCAAAUCGCUGGGCAACAUGCUGGUGCUAGAUGACUUACAGAAUAUCUCGGAGGCUGACCUGAUUUACACUGAAACGUUGAUGCAGCGAGGUAAAGAGUCCUAUGAAGGAAAAGAAAUCGUCAUUUUGGGUGGCGGAGAUGGUGCUCUCUUGUAUGAAUUGUUGAAGGAGAAACCGAAAUUCGUUUGGAUGCUGGAAAUAGACGAGCUUGUGAUGAAUGCGUGUAACAAACACCUCAAGUCUAUAUGUGGGGACGUACUCGAGAGAAGAAAGGGUCCCAACUACGAAAUAAUCGUUGAGGAUUGUAUGCUGACUGUGAACAAAUUUAUAAAAGACAAUAAAAAGGUUGAUUACAUAUUCGGCGAUUUAACGGACAUCCCGAUAUCGGAGUCCGCUUGCGGUGAGCUCUGGGAGUUCAUGAUCACAAUACUGCAGGCGGCUUUCAAGAUUCUCAAGCCGAAUGGAAAGUUUAUGACACAUGGCAACGGAGCGACGUGUCCCGAAUCUCUGGAGCUGUACGAACAAGAGUUGGCGAAACUGAAGCCGGCUGUCACUUUUACAAAAAGCAAAGCGUUCGUGCCGUCGUUCUUCGAGGACUGGGUGUUCUACCAGAUAUCAUUCAAAGCCGCCGACAACGGAGAUGCUUAACAACACACCAACACCAAAGAUAAUCACACAAAUCGUUCCUUCAAUAUAUUUACAAUUUUUCUAAGUCAUGUUAAUGCCAUGUACCUAGGUGAUAGUUUGAUUGAUUCACAAAACAAUGCCAUUAAUAUAAGAGUUGAUUACGCUGCGUUUAAGUUUUAUAUCCUAUUUAUAAGGUAUCCAGGUACGUUUACAAGUUUUUUAUGUUCCAUAUUUAUAAUUAAGAUGCGGGUGCUAAUUUGCCUGGAUGUGAUUGUGAAGGCAGUUAAAAUGUCUGAUUGUGACCACAGUGUUUUUAUGAGGGCAUUUCUACGUAUUAAGAUUUUGAUAAGUAGCUAUUGUAAGACAUAUAGUGACAUUAGUCUUUUUUUCUCAGUAUUUGAUCUAGUUGAAAGUUUACUGUUACAUUUUCUAUUAGUUUGUGCUUGUUUCUUUAGUUGUUUUAUAAUUAAAAAUAUUUUAACAGAACCAUAGUUGUUUUGUAUCUACAUUUAUUGCCUAACAAGUUACAGAGAAGUUCUCCAUUCGUAUACCCAAUCUUAUAUACAUUACCUCUAUUUUCAUAAAUAAAACGUAUUUAUGUGUGAAGCGAAACUAGUAAAUCGAGUCUGAAAAAAAUCCUUCACUUAGUAUUACACUAUUCCGGAAUAAUGUAACCAAUAUUUCCCACAAAGACGCUGAUACGCAAUCACAGAAAGCGGCUAGUAUGAAAUAAGAGACUUCUAAAAUAUAUGAUAAAAAUAUAUUCAUACUUGUAUGAAAAUAUGUAAAUAUUAUAGAUUCUAAAUUUUCAGAUUUACUUGCAUGUUGGCUCCAUACCAAUUUUUGUCUACAUCGCAGCCAAUUUUCUUUUUUGUACAACUAAACAUUGUAAUUUUGUAUGUUUUUUAACUAGCCGUUCCCACGUAAUGCGUGAAGUACUCGUUAUUUCGUUUCCAUGCAAAAUUUGGAGUCUCCUCAUUUACCUCCUUUAAAUAAGUAUAUAAAUAAUACGUUAUGUAAACAUUCCCUCUUUAAUUCAUAAAAAUCAUAAAACUCAUGAACCUAUUUUAGCUAUUGAACUGUUUUAUCUCUACGCUAAAUUCCAAAUUUGAAAGAAAGUUACAAAAUAAUAUAAUACUUAAAAUAGGUUUUAGUUUUAUAAUUAUAACUUUAUUACAGACUGCAAUGGCUUAAUUCGUUAGUAACAUAAUCUUAGCCUAAUGUUAGUACACCUUAACAAUAAAAUAAAUAACUAAAAGAAAAUAAACAAAUUUGGUCUCCGCUGGAGCAUUCCAUUUGAGAUCCCACAACAGGGACCAAUGUAAGGGCAGUACAUUUUAUGAAUAAGAGAUUAGUUAUUUCAAUAUAUAAAAAAAUAUGUUUUAUAUACUUGGACCCAAUAAUAAUUAUCUGCAGAGCGUUGACCAAUCAGUAUCUUUUCUAUAUGUGGAUAUUCAUUUAUAAAUCGUUAUUAAUAAAAGAAAGGAACGGUAUAGUGUCAUCGUCACACUAAUAUCGCCGAUAGAUGACGUAACCUGUUAUUCGUACCUACCUAGUACCUACAUUACAUGACGACAUAGCGAGUCAAGGAUGACGCAAUGGUACCAAAUUACUAGAAUGCCUUGUUAGGCAAUAAUAGUUCGAAUUUAAAUCCCACAUAAAUUUUUUCACUAACAUUUAUUCAUAAUCUAUUAAAAGGGGCAAUUUUAAUUAAUUUUAAAAAUAAUAAUCAAAUUUGUAUGUACUAUUAUACGAGUAUGUACCUAAGCGUUGAAAAUAAAUUUAUUUUUUUAAUGAAUGAAUACAACAAAAAUUGAUUUAAUCAAAUAUAUUUUAAUAAGCCUUUAAAAAUAAGCAGGAAUAGGAAUGCAAUGUAUGUGUGAAAUGCGUAUACAAACUUCGGAAGUAAAUUUAUUGAUAACAUUUAUUUAUAAUAAUUGUGAUACCAAAUUAAGUUUCCAUACUAUAUAAUUGAUCCUAAAAUAAAAUAAUUAUACAAACCAACUUUUAAAUUCAUAAGAUUAAUUUCUAGCACCUAUCUAAUACAGUGGCUGUAAUUUGAAUGAAACUUAUAUUGUGAAGCAGAUUUCCAUAGGCAUAUUAAAAGAGGACGAGGUGUCGAGGCCAUGCUCUCCUCAAAAUCAUCUGGUACCACCCAGAAACUUUGCAAACAUGCAGAGAUUACAUAUGUACCUUUUAUAGGAGGACAGCCCCUACCCCUGGAAAUUAGUCUUAAAUAUGCCAAUAUAUUUUUUUUUUGUUAAAUGAAACUUUUUGUCAAAAGGGUUAUUACACUAUCAUUAAGAUAGUAUCAUAUCAUAUAUAUGAUCAUUAUGUAUAUCACAAAUACAAAAACUAUAUUACACAUCAUCACUGAUAUUGAAAGUGCAUAAAUUAAUUAGCAAAACAUAGAUCUAAUUACGAUCUUAUAUUUAUGAUAAUGUAAUAAUCCUCAAAUUGAAAAUAAAUACAGAAGUUUUAAUUCAAAACUACCUGUAAUUUUUCCAUUUAAUAUUACGGACAGAUAUUUCAGGAUUGAAUGUGAUAUUACUGUAUAAAAACUAUCUAUAUUAUACUCGUAAACGUAAACUUACUCAAUAAAUUUAAUACAAAUAUAGAUACAACUCUGUACUGGAUGAUACGGCAAACUAGAGCUAAAUGUCAAAAAAAUCACAUAGGCGAGUUUCUAAUAUUAUCAUUACAAAAUAGCGCCAUCUAGUAUCAAAGUAUGCAAAUCUUGUCUAUGAAUCCGAUACAAUAUAUCUUUUUUUAUUUUGUAAAUGGGUAAAUAUAUAUAACAAAAAUAAAAACUUUC